AUGUCAAAAUUUUUUGAAAAAUUAUCAAAUGAUUAUGAAAAAAUUUUUAAUACUGAAAUAGGAUAUGAUGUUAUUAUUUAUGCAGGAAGUGAACCAAAUGUUAAAGAAAUCCAUGCUUACUCAAUCAUUUUAAGCGCCAGAUCAGAAUAUUUUCGUGUAGCAUUUUCUAAUAAAUGGGCUGAAAAAAAAGAUGGAAAAUUUAUUUUCAGGAAACCAAAUAUUUCUCCUCGCUUAUUUAAUAUCAUUCUUAGGUUUAUUUAUAGUGGAAAUAUUGAAUUGAAAAAUUUACAAGGACCUGAUGUAUUGGAAUUGUUGGUAGCUGUGGAUGAACUUAAUAUCCAACAAUUAAUUUCUCAUGCUCAAGAAUAUUUGAUUAAACAUCAAACUGAAUUUUUGAUGCAAAAUCUAACUGGUCUUCUUGAAACUGUCUAUCAUCAGCAUGAAAAAUUUACAGAUUUAUGGAAUUUUUUUCUUGAAAAUAUUUGUGAAGAACCUAGAAUUUUAUUUAAUUCUAAUAAAUUUGUUAAUUUAAAAGCAUCUUUAUUGGAAUUAUUGCUAAAAAGAGAUUAUUUAAACAUGGAUGAAAUUGAGAUUUGGGAAAGUCUAUUGAAAUGGUGUUUUGCUCAGAAUAUAGAAUAUGACCCAACAAAAUUUGGUAAAGAUGACAUUACAAAUAUUGAGAGAUCAUUAUAUAGAUUUAUUCCAUUAAUUAGAUUUUAUGAUAUUGAACCUACAGAUUUCUUUUAUAAAGUUUAUAAUUAUAAAGAUAUCUUACCACAAGACUUGAUUCAUGAUCUUUUAGAAUUUCAUAUUGUUCCUGACAUAAAACCUAAAACUAAUGUAGCAACUCCAAGAAAGUCAAAACUUGGUUCAACUUUAAUUCAAUCAAAUCAUGCUGCUUUAUUUGCUUCAUGGAUUGAUAGAAAAGAUUCCUCCUAUAACAAAAAUGAAAUCCCUUAUGGAUUUAAAUUAUUAUAUCAUUCAGGUCAGGAUGGAUUUAAUGCUGAAUCAUUUCAUAGAAAUUGUGAUAAUAAAGGAGCUACUAUUUGGGUAGCAAAAAUUCAAGAUUCAAAACAAUUAAUUGGAGGAUAUAAUCCACUAGAUUGGAAUGGACAUGGUUCUAAAUAUACAGCAGAUAGUUUUCUAUUUAACUUUACAGAUGGAAAUAAUAUUUCUACUGCAAAAUUAGGUUACGUUAAAAAACCAAAUGACGCUAUUUAUUGUUAUAAUAACCAAGGUCCACAUAUGGGUAUUUUCAUAUGUUAUGGUAACAACGAAUGGAAAAAUCAUGAUCAUAAUGCUACUUACUAUCCUGAUAUAGGCAUUCCAAAUACUUUAAAUACUCCUUAUCUUGAAGUAGAGGAUUAUGAAGUAUUUCAAGUAAUUAAAAAAUAG